AUCGAAUUCCGGGUCCACAAUAAUCCGGUCCGUACCCGAGCCUCGCGUUUCGUUUAACACGACAAAUCAUGCUUUUCGACGUUCCCCAAACACGGUGGUAGCAGGAAGGCCGCGUAGAGCAAAGGAGGGAAAAGGAGAAGAAAAGGAAGGAAAAGGCGCACUCUCUGAUCCUCUACAUAGUGGAAGGUGUGAAGGCCCUAAUUCUCUUUGAUCUUGGGGAAGCCAAGAAGGACCAACUUUCCUCUGUUCGAUCUUCCGUCGGACGAAACAAAGGAGGCCGGUGGGCUCUGCCGUCAAUCUUGAUUCUGACCUCGGAAGAGAAGAGGGAUCGAAAGCAGUACCCAGUUUGCCGCGAAAGAGGAAUUCGAAUCCCCUGAAACUGUAGAUCACGCAUCUGUUUCUGUAUCAUGUCGUCCAAGGAAUUCAAUAUCCCUCCUGUGGUGUUCCCGACUGGCAGCACCGCCGGGUCCCAGCAACGUCGGCUGCCCACGAAGGCGCCUCCGUUCCAGCCGGUGAUUCCAACGCCUCAAACGAACCCCAACCCUAACCUCCAGUUCAUGAAGUUCGACAUCGGAGCGACUUCUGCCUCGACCUCUUCCACUGCUUUCUCGCCGCCGAUCUUUGGCGGGUACGGGAUUGGGGGUUCGUUCGAGGACGAGCUUCCGCUCCUCGAGGAGCUGGGGAUCAACACUCGCCUGAUCUGGAAGAAGUCCUUGUCGAUCCUCAAUCCUUUCCGAGUGAAUCCGAAUCUGCACGAGGACGCUGAUUUGUCCGGCCCCUUCAUCUUCCUCAUGGCUUUCGGGCUGUUCCAAUUGCUUGCCGGCAAGUUGCAUUUCGGUAUAAUUCUUGGAUGGGUUACCGUCGCCGCGUUGUUCAUAUAUGUAGUCUUCAAUAUGUUGGCUGGACGAAAUGGCACUUUGGAUCUCUAUCGUUGUUUGAGUUUGGUGGGUUACUGUAUGUUUCCCAUGGUCAUGUUCUCGGCCCUUUCUUUGUUCGUCCCACAGAGGGGAGUUGCCAUUUACGUUAUGGCUGCGGUGUUCGUCAUCUGGUCAACAAGAGUUUGUACGGUUCUCCUGGUGGAGUUGGCUUCUUAUGGAGAUGAGCAUCGGGGGUUGGUGGGUUAUGCAUGUUUUUUGGUCUUUCUGCUUUUCUCUCUGUUGGUCAUUUUCUGAUUGCUUGGAGCUUGCGAAGAGGAAAUGGGCAACUUGGAGGAUGGUUUCUCCUUAACAGUUUUGAGAUGUGGAAUUAUUGAAGUCUCUUACAUGGUAUCUGUAAUUUUCUGUCUCCCUAUUGAAUUUCUGAACACAUUUUUUCCUAGUGUAAAUCUAAACAAUCAUGGCUCUAUUUGGCAUGUUUGUGGAGUUGUCUGGUUCCUCUGUAUGUCUUUUGAGGUGUACAUUUUUAUUUCCUUAGUGUUGCUAAGUCUAAAUAUGACUUGAAAAUGGAAGUGGUGGUCGUGAUAGACAAUUACGAGAA